AUAUCUGUUCUCCUAACCAAUAAUCAACCCUGGUAUUUUGUCUCACCCCUGUAACUUGAUUGAGACCUGAAAAUGUGCCAUUUUGUUUUAACUUAUAUCUUACAUAUUUACUCUUAUUUAUGAAAAGAAGAAAUUAGUUCUUAAAUUUCUCUUAUGACAUUUGUUUCCUUAUCUCUGUAUUUAUCUGGUGAAUAAUAAUGUUUUUUAAUGUUUUUUUCAGGCAUAACUGAAACAAAAUGUGGGGACUCACAUUGUCCCUUUUAGGCUACUUAAAUAUAAGUCCAGUGCCGUACUUAGCAGACUGUGUAGGAACUACAGAGCCAGCAUUAAAACUGCUGAUUUCAAUCUUAGCAGCUUACCCCAUGGCUGUGAUGUAUCACAGAUACAUAGUUACACAUAAUAAUUUAAGAAAUAUAUUUUUUAUAAUUGCCGGUUUGGACAUGGCAUUUUAUAACUUUGGACUAUCAAUGGUUCAUAACCUGAUACCAACUAUUGUGAUUUAUGUAUCUACCAUGUUCUUGCCUGGCAAAUUUAAUGUGAUACUUACAUUUGUAUUUAAUAUGGCAUACUUACUUAUUGGCUAUAUUGUAACAGAAUCUGAAGAUUAUGACAUAACAUGGACUAUGCCACAUUGUGUGUUAACUUUGAAAUUGAUUGCAUUAUCAUUUGAUCUGUGGGAUGGAGAGAAAAUGUUGAAAGGAAAUGAAAGACUUUCUGAAACAAACAAGAAAACUGCUUUAGUGAAAGCACCUUCCUUCUCAGAAUUGAUUGGGUUCAUAUAUUUUCCAUCAUGUUUUUUGGUGGGACCUAUUUUUUCAUUCCGCCGUUAUUCUGAUUAUUUAAAUGAUAAGUUUCCACUGCAUGAAAAACAUGUAUACAACAAAGUGGCAAUGAAGAGGCUGGUGCAGGGUGUUGCAUAUUUGAUUGCUUUUCAAGUUGGAGUGACAAUAUUCAACAUGAAGUACAUGCUUUCGGAGGAGUUUUUGGAGACGUCCAUAUUUUACCGUCAUAUCUACUGCGGCCUAUGGGCGCACUUUGCCUUGUACAAAUACAUUUCAUGCUGGCUGCUUACGGAAGCUUCCUGUAUACGAUUCGGUUUAUCGUACAACGGCUCCGAGAAAGACGGCAAUGGCGUUAUGGUGUCUCAAUGGGACGGCUGCAGCAAUAUCAAGCUGCUGCGAUUCGAGUUCGCCACAAAGUUCCAGCAUUAUAUUGACAGCUUCAAUUGUAACACCAACCAUUUCGCCGCUGAGUAUAUAUACAAACGACUCAAGUUCCUAGGCAACAGGCAUCUAAGUCAAUUAUUCACUCUACUGUUCCUCGCACUCUGGCAUGGUAUACGCUCCGGAUACUAUAUGACGUUCUUUAAUGAAUUCAUUAUAAUUUUCAUGGAGAAAGAGCUCGAAUCUAUCAUCAGUAAGACGGCCACGUAUCGGUGGCUUUGGUCCACUUACGCUAAAUAUCCAAUGUACGUUUUAUUAAAACUGUACACUAUUGUCUUUAUGGGGUGGAGCUUGGUCCCCUUCGAUGUAAAGGUGUUCUCCAAGUGGUGGACUGUUUAUUCGGCGUUGUACUUCUCCGGGUUUCUUUUGUUUUUACCCUGGGCUAUAGUUUAUAAGCCGUUGCUCCUUAAUUUAGUUCGUAAAAAGUCGGAUUAGAGUAUUCUGUGAAAUUGGUUUUACUGCAUCGUUUCGAACGACAUUUUGAUAUUGAUACAUUGAGCGUCGGUUAUACCGAAAUAUUUUAACCUCGAUGUUACAUGUUACUAUUAGGACCGGCGCACAUAUGCAGAUGCGCAGCGCAGAGCAUGCCCGCGAAACUUUCUA